CGAGGUGUUGCAGGCUUGGUCUGGCCCUGGGUCCGGGACAUCCUUGGGUUCAUGGUGUUUCAAGGGCUCGAGCUGAUCCUGGGGCUCGUGGGGUCCCUGGAGUUCAUGGCAUCCUAGGGGUCAAGAUUAUAUUAUUGUAACUGUUGAGGAUGACAGUGAUGGCAAUGAUAUUGAUGUUGUGAUAAUGGAAGAUUCUGAAACAGAACUUACUGAGAACACACUUUCCACUGAUGGCAUGUUGACUGUAGAACCAAAUUGUCGAGCCAGCAAUGAUAACUAUCAGCAACUAUCCCAAAUGACAUAUGGAGUAGGUGGUUUACCACCCCUAGGUGACCAGGCAGUUCCACAAAUGAACCAUCUGGCAAAUUUAAAAAGAUACAGCUCCAACUCAGUGGAAAUGGAGCUUCUCCCACUGCGCAAAAGAGGACGUACAUCUUUUCCAAGGAGGGAUAAUACGGGUUUGCAAGAACUUAUUGAAAACACAAAUAAGCAGGUAAACAACCUUUGUGGAAUCAUUUCAAAAAUACAGCCUUCUUGGGAGAAACCACCGCUGCCAAACUGUGAAGACGGCGGCCCAUCCAGACCAGUGAGAAGGCAGGAGAACCUUGCCCGGCCUAACCCUGUAAGGAUAGCUCUCCAGCCAGCCACUCUCCCGGAGCUGCAGGAGCUGGUCGUCAGAGAGAGUCCACCACCUCCCAAAAUUGUCUCCACAUAUUCAUUACAGCCUAGUGUCAUACCAGGCAACCCAGUUCCUGGUUUUGCUGUGUUGUCCUACAUUUUCAGUGAAGGAGGUGAAGGGGCCACCAGGGAUCUCUCCUCUGUCCAGCUUCCCCUGGCUCUGCCUGCAGCACUUCUGCCCCCAGAAGAACCCCGUGUGGCACACGCCCCCAAGAUGGCCAGAUGCCCAACUGUACGGGGACAAGGCCGCGCGGGCCCGGGCCCGGCCUCAUCGGCUUUCUGCACCCCCCCCAGUUUCGAAAUGCCAAGAAAAGCAGAAGCCAGCCUUGGAAACAGCACUGAGUCAAUAUAUUGCCCAACUUCAUUGGGAGAUGGCAGUGGCCAAGAUACUAUCUCAUCUGUUUACAUCCUUCCUAAUUUUGUAAUAGCAGAGACCAGCUUGGAAAACAACCCCAAGCCGACAAAUUACCCAACUUCAUCGGGAAAUAACGGUGACCAGUGUUCAGCUAUCUGCCUCCCACCCAAUUUUGCGGUUGAAAAAUUCAUACUUAUAAAAAAGUCGGAAAAAUCAGAAACCAGCCAGGAAAACAGCUCUGAGACCAUCUAUUACCCAGCUUUAUUGGGAAGUCUCAGUGGCCCAGAUACUGACUCUUCAUCUGCCUCACUCCCACCCAAUUUCGGACUUGAAAAAGUUAUACUUGUAGAAAUGCCAGAAAAAGCGGAAACCAGCCUGGAAAUCAGCUCUCAGAUAGUGUGUUACCAAACUUCAUCGGGAAAUGACAGUGGCUCAGCUCCUGCCUCUUCAUCUCUCUCCAUCCCACUCAAUUUCGGAAUGAUGGUAAAGGCUCAAACCAGCCCAGAAGAGAACCUUGAGACAAUGAGUUGUCCAGUCUUAUUGGAAGACGGCGGUAAUCAAGACGUUUCCUCGUUACAUUGCUGCAUUCCUCCCAGUUUUGAAGUGAUGGUCAAAGCAGAAACCGGCCUGGAAAAUAGCACUCAGAUGACAAAUUACCAACCUUUGUUGGAAAAUGACAGUGGUCAAGAAACUUCAGCAUAUUUCUUCAUCCCUUCCAGUUUGGAAUCCAGCGUAGAAGUGAGUUCCGAGACAAUGAGUUCCCCAACUUUAAUGAAACAUGACAGCGACCAAGAUACUGACUCAGAAACUUACUUUCUCGCUCCUGGUUUUGCACUUUUACCUGUAGAAAUAUUGGUAAAAGCAGAAAACAGCGUGGAAAACGUCCCUGAAAUAAUGAAUUACCCAGCUGUAUUGGAAAAGGACAAGAGCCAAGAUUCUGUCUCAUCAUCUUCCUGCAUCCCUUCCGGUUUUGGCUAUCUUGGUGAUCCGAGAAGGAAUGUCAGGGUGCUUAAUAUUAAUUUGGUGACUGCACAAAAGAAGAGCCAUCCUAGGCAUGCAGCCCGCUACUUGGUUCAUGUUUUGUUCUCCAAGGAAAUUCUGAUGCACAGCUGGGUAGGUUUUAAUUCCCAAGGCCGCCAACCUCUAGACCCAAACAAAAUGGCUGCAAUAAGAGAAUAUCUGGCAACAAAUUUUCCCAACCAUGAUUUGCGUGAAUGUGGAAAAGACUGGAAAACCUGUAUUGCCGAUAUCAAUUCUCUGAUCUAUUGUUUAUGUGCCGAAGCCACAACAACACCACAGAAAGCUGGUGGCUGCAAAAAAGGCCCUACCAGUCUUGGCAUUCCAGCGUCUGCAGAUGUGAAUGAUGAAAGAGGUGGCAAAGGCGGUAAAAGCAUUUCCCAGUUAUCUCAGCCAACAGCUGCCUCAGGAACAAGAGAAAAAGGGAAUUUUCAGUGGAAGAGCAGUGUUUGCCAUCAAGGAAUUAAAGAACCUUCCAUGGAGAAUUCAGUGGUAUCUGAUGACAUACUGGAAUAUCUUGGAAAUCCAGGUAGAAAUGUACAGUUGCCACAUUCAGUACUGAAUAUAGCCAAAGGGAGGUCUCGCCCAGAGCUGGCAGCCAGAUACCUUAUUCGCAAACUGUUCACAGAGGACGUCUUGGUAAAAAGUAACGUCUAUGGCAAUCUGGGGUAUGGCAUGAACGCCCUUAACCCGAAUAGGAUUAACGCUCUUCGAGAAUUUCUUCAAGACAUCUUCCCGACUUGCAAUCUCUCAGAAACCGGAUAUAACUGGAAGUUGUGUGUGACAGCUAUCAACAGCUCCAUCCGUAGUCUUCGCUAUGACCUUAAGAAGUCCGCAUUCAAAGCAUAGCAGCUUAACAACUCCAACAGAGGCAGUACCAAGAGAUAAUGACUGAAGUACUUGAAUGCCAACCCUACUUUUUUUUUUUUAAUUGUUGUAUC